AUGUAACUUAUUAAUGCUUAUUUCACACAUGAUUAGAAAUUUGGAACUGAAAAAAGCCUUUUAUAAACAAUAAAAGAUGCAAACAACAUCUUAUCACCUGAUGAAAUAUUGAAUUCUACAUUUAAAAAUAAUGAGGAUGCUAAUUUCUAAGAAGACCGGUAGGCAGUUAAAGUUAAUAAUUUUGUAUUGGAUUAGGAUAAUAGGACUAAAUCUCUAAGCAUCUAACUUUAAUAAAAAAGUACGACAAAAACUGGGACAAUUAACUAUAGUAAACUCGGGGCUACAUAUAUCCAGGACAACAUUGAUCUUAACAAUAGCCAUCAGAUCAGCAAUAUCCUAGAUCACCUGCUUAUGGUACUAAAGCUUAGAGAUUCAGAAAAUAAUACAAAUAAUCUAAGUUCAUUUGACAAAAGAGUGAAGAGUUUAAAUGCUAGCAAAUAAUGGUAUAACGAACUGGUUGAACUGAAUAAGAAUAGUAACCUCGAAUCUUUAGUUGAGAAGGCAAUAGACAUUAUUGAUGAUGUAAAUCAUCCUAAUUACAAGAACCUUAUGCAGAUCCUUGAUAUUCUUGAUUAGUUAAAGGGCUCUACAAUGUCACCUCCUUAAGCCGAUUAGAAAAAUGCUCACUACAAUAUGAACAAUUCUGUCAUUUCCUUAAAGGUUUAACAGCAGCAAGAAUAUAAUAACAAUAAAUAGGCUGAUGGCUAAAGUUCUAGAUUAACCAACUAACCAUAAUUGAAGAUAGGUAAUUUAGGAUCUCCAGGCCUCAAUUAGGAUGAAGAUUAUUCCCCAAAGAGUUAGAAUGGUAGUCCAAGUAAUAGAAUAAUUAAUUUAUAAACAAUGAAAAGAAUCCCUUUCAAAUAAUAUAACUUAAUUGAGGAACCUAAAAUUAAUCUACAUUAGAGAUCUUAAUCAUAAGCAUAGUAGAACUUACUGAAUAGCCAAAGAAAUAAUUUAAGUCCGAGGUAAUCACCAAGAUCCUUUUAAUAGAACUAUCAAAAUUAGUAUAUAACCAAUGCCUCUUCACCCAGACUUUAAUUUCAAUCAAAAUAUGGAUUUCAAAAUAAUUAAAACACUUAGAAGCCAGGAGAUGCUAGUACUAAGUCCCGAAACAAUAUGAAUGUCUAGGGAACGACAAUGUCUAGCUCAAAUCACCAUACAUCUCUCCAAAGUAACAGAAAUACUAUCUAAUCUUCUUUUAACAAGGUUAUUAAGCUCUAAAUGCUCAAGAGAAAUGCUUAAGCUCAAUCUUAAUAGAGUGAUUACUAAGAUACCAUACCAAAUAAUUAAUAAGAUAUGAUGUAUAUAGAAGAUCAAACAAGAAAAGACUUGAAUAAGGGUCAAUUAUUUAGUAGAAUGUCACAGUAUAGUAGUAACUAUGGCGGUAUUAAUAUUAGAAGAUGA